UUUAAAAUGGAGUUUUCUUGCUACCAGACUAACCUGGCUCUUUUUUUGUUUCGUGCCAGCUUUUUUGCAAAUUGUGAAGGACUACGGAAACUGUGGAGUGAAUAGUAGGGAAGGUUUGAGUUUACAUUGCUUCUUUCAUCUUCGCUCUAUCAACGAGAGUUCCCUACUUAACUGAAAAAUAAUGCACUCGCUAUGCACUCCACUACUCAGUGAGCCAACCAAAUUUGCACAAUUGACCUGGGCUGUACUAAUAUCUGUUUCACCAGCUUUCUUUUCAUUGGACGCACCAGGACACUAAGCAAGAUUUCACAAGGCCUUUGUCAGUUGCUAAAGUUGAUUACCUGGUUGACGCCUUCUGGGCACUUCAUGUGAAGGAAUGCCUUCCCUAGUGCACUGAGGCCACACACUGCUGACUCAUAUAUGCCUGUGUCCCAUUACACUGGAUCAUGGGUUAGAACGUAUCCAGCCAUGUAGAACUCCACAUUUCAGUUUCCUAGUGGAUAUUUCGGAAACGCUUAUGGCGCGGUCAGGUCAGAGCAGAAUGAACGCUAUCGACAGAAAGCCAAACCGAUACCACCGGCGAUGUUUGUCAAGCGAUUAUCCGAACCACCGCAUAAACACCUAUUUUCAAAGCGUGACAACCGAUUUUGCCAUUCGGAUUACAUUCUCACUUUCGAGAAGGUGUACAGAAGAUCGAAUGCAGCCGUAGAGGCUCAAAGGGGCAAUGUCGAAUUGCUAAGGUGGAAGGACACAAGUGACAAGCCGACUAAUGAAACUAGCUACCAGUCGCAGUUUAAUAGAAAAAAUGGAGCGCAAUGCGUACAACGUCUACGAGAAUUUUUAAAAUAUGACAAGCCCCGUUUUUCAACCACCUACGAAGACUCCUAUAACUACAGGAUUUCUGAUGAACCAUUGUCGACCAUAUAUAUUAGGCCAAAAUCGAGUUUUGCCAGCCCAUCUGUUGCGGAUUGUCUAAACUGGACCCAAUCGGAUACGCCGCCGCGUAUAGAAAUUUCUACCGAAUCCGCCGAAUGA